UUUCAGGCUCGUGUCAGGACAAAGACGGUCAAAAAGGCUGCACGUGUCAUUAUUGAGAAAUAUUACACCAAGUUGACACAAGAUUUUCAUACAAACAAAAGGGUAUGUGAGGAGAUUGCCAUCUUACCUAGCAAGAAGCUAAGGAACAAAGUUGCUGGAUUUGUAACCCAUUUAAUGAAGCGUAUCCAGAGAGGCCCAGUACGUGGUAUCUCCAUCAAACUUCAGGAGGAAGAGAGAGAAAGGAGAGACAACUAUGUACCAGAGAUCUCUUUCAUUGACCAGAAUGACAUCAUUGAAGUUGACCCAGACACCAAGGAGAUGUUGAAGGCUUUGGACUUUGGCAACCUCCAGGGACUACAGGUCACCCAGCCAGUAUCAUCAGUCCAGAGAUUUAGUGGUCCAAACAGACCAAAUUAAAUAAAACUUCUAUGGACAAUUA